CGCGUGACGCACAUUGCUGCGUGGGCGGGCCGCGCGUGGGAGUGCGAGCGCGCGAUUGUAGCAGCGCGGAAUAUCCCAACUCUGGCAGUAGGGGAGUGAGCUGAAAGAAAAAAGAAAGGCGGAAGCCUGACUAGUUCGUCUCUCUCUCUCUCUUUGUCUGUUUGUUAUUUUUUAAUCGUGCACACACGCGCACGCACACCAAUAUUCGGUAAACGGAAGAGCGGAACUACCUGCACGCGGAUACGCGUGCGCUCUCUCUCUCUCUCUUUAUUUCAUAUCGAUCUGAUGUCGCGCGACGCUUCACCCCAGUGACCCGACUAUUUCUCAGGCUGUUUCUCUCUCUUCUUUCUUUUCUCUUAACUUUUAGUUUUAUUCUCAGUAAAAUCGUGCAUAAAUAAUUCGAUAUAUAUAUAUAUACAUAUAUAUAUAUAUAAAUUCCCGCGAAGGAGAGAUUUUCGGAGGGAAUUCGGGAAGAGACCAAAAAGAAGUCAAGAAGGUCAUGGCGGCGACUUUGCCCAGGACUCUCGGCGAGUUGCAGCUCUACCGCAUCCUGCAGCGGGCCAACCUGCUGUGCUACUACGACGCGUUCAUCCAGCAGGGCGGCGACGACGUGCAGCAGCUGUGCGAGGCCGCUGAGGAUGAGUUCCUGGAGAUCAUGGCGCUGGUAGGGAUGGCCAGCAAGCCGCUGCACGUGCGACGCCUCCAGAAAGCUCUGCGUGACUGGGUCACCAACCCGGCGCUGUUUAACCAGCCGCUGGCAUCACUUCCUGUCUGCAGCAUCCCUGUAUAUAAACUUCCCGACGGCCCGGUACUGCCAGUCAAAGUCCCCAAAACAGACCCGCCAAAAACCGAAGCGGGAAGUGGGAGCUCCUCGGCCACCGCCUCGCCUCUGCAGAGCGGCAACGAGCCGCGUUUCUGGGCCGAGCGAAGUCUCUCACCGGCCGAGCUCGGCUCGCCGUCGUCCCCACUCCCACGCGACACCCUCGAAGCCCUGGAUGUCGCCGCCGUCCAGGCUGUCAGCGAGUGUGUAGACAGGAUGGCACGGGCAUUGCCCAAAAGCGACUCGGCUGAGCUGAGAGAGCAGCUCAAAGCCAACAAGAAGCUAGCCAAGAUGAUCGGCCACAUCUUCGACAUGAGUGAUGACGACCCACGCCGAGAGGAAGAGAUCCGCAAAUACAGCGCCAUCUACGGACGCUUCGACUCCAAGAGGAAGGACGGCAAACACCUCACACUCCACGAGCUGACGGUGAACGAGGCGGCAGCACAGCUGUGUAUGAAGGAGGUGGCAUUACUGACGCGCAGGGACGAGUUAUUCGGACUCGCUCGCCAGGUCUCCAGAGAGGUCACCUACAAGUACACAUACAGGACCAGCAAAUCUCGAUGUGGAGACCGAGACGAACCGUCCCCGAAGAGAAUUAAAACGGAGCAGGAAGGCUUUUUUGACCUGCAGGAGGCGCUACAGGCGAUCCACAUGCGGCAGGAGAGUCUGAGAGAGCAGCUGGCUCAGGCUCGGUCCAAGGGAGAGGAAACACUCACUCGAAACAUCCAGGUUCAGCUGGAGCGUCUCUUGGCUAAGCAGAUGGAGAUUUUGCAUGAUGCAGCGGCGCAGGACCGGCUGCAGGCUCUGGAGUGGCGCGUGCCUCCCGGAGCCUUCAAACACCACGGCGACUCGCACAAUGCUAACGCUAACGGGGUGCAGAGCAGCGCUGAAAAACACGCCGAGCAGCACGGUGAGAGGCCGCUGAAUCUGCGAGUAACAGGACAAAGGGGCGGAGCUUCAGAUGGAGACACACCUCUGGGAAAACAGCUGGCCAAUGAGCUGAAGAGACAUCACCAGGCCAGUGUCGAAAGCAAGGCAGCGGCCGCCACAGAGAACGGCAACGGAGGCGAGGCGAGUCCCCGUGCUCUCAACCUCUCCGAUAAGAAGACCAUCAAAUGUGAACCUGAGGACUCCAGAUAGCAGACCACACCUCUGUUUUUUAUUUUUAUUUGUAUUUUUAUUUCGACUCCGUGAGGAUGAUGAACUGUCGUCUGUCCGUGAAUACUAAAGGAGCACAACUACAGUAGAGCCUUAAUAACCAACGUUGCCUCAGAUUUCCUUUAUUCUUCAGUUUCUUUUUUUUUGCCAAAGCACCUAGAGCCCUUAUUUUCUUCCCUGGAUAGAUUAGCAGAAUUUUGUGUUGUCAGUGAGUGUACACGCAAAAACCCCACCUCCUCUCUCUCUCGUUCUCGCUCUCUCUCUCUCUCUCUGUGAUUAGGCGUGGACCGUAACGUCCGCUGGUUGUACAUACAUUUGUUGAUACGUGGAAAAUGUUGAUGUUAUUUAAAUACAGUUUGUGUCGUGUGUGUGUGUGUGUGUGUGUGUGUGUGUGUGUGUGUGUGUGUGUAUAUAUAUAUCUAUGAAUGCAUGUUGUUUCACAAGCUGAUUGUUCCAGACAUCAAAGAUAAGCACAAACAUCAUCGUUCUUUUCGAGAACUAUCUGCUAGAGGUGUGUAUUUAGUGACCGAAACGGAUAGAAGAGCACGCUGUCAGUAAUGAAACUCGUGAGACCAAGAAAGACCGCUUUCGUUAACCGUACAUUCACGCUAGCAGAAGCUUGUUGUCUUGCUCGAUAUAUAUAUAUAUAUAUAUAUAUAUAUAUAUAUAUAUAUAUAUAUAUAUAUAUAUAUAUAUAUAUCUCAGUAAGGCUAGCUGUUUAAACACAUAGCUAGUUAAACUGUAAAAUGUUACAUUCUUGGCAUCAUACUAGCUAAAUAGCUAAUUGUGCUAGCUAUUUUCCCUUGGUAAUGUCUCUAUACAGAUUUAAUGCGAGGUUGUGUAUGACGGGAAGCACAGUUCUACGUCUUCCCGCCACACCUAGUUUGCAUAUGUACGAACGCGUGUCACUGUUACUCGCUAGCAUGCCUUCAAUUCGCUAGGUUAGCGUAGUGCCGCCCCGAAGAAGCAAUUUCUCACACAACAGAUGUUUACAUGUAGUCCACAAGACAGAAUAAUAACCAAAUUUUUUGGAGCUUUGAAGUUUACAUACGGUAAAUUCGGUUAUUAUUGUGUCUUGUUGACUAUAUGUAAACAUCUGUUAUGUGAAAUAAUUAUUCAGGGCGGGACCAAAAAAGAAAUGCAAUUUUAAUGAUUCUGCUUAUUAUUAUUAUUAUUAUUAUAUAUUUUUUAACACAUGAAUAUUUUGCAGAUUCUGCAAGGGGUGUGUAAACUUAUGAGCACAACUGCAUUAGCGUUAGGAACUCUCCAAGUUCUCGGGUCUUGAUUUGGUCCGAGGAAUCGCUCGAGACUCGAGACGGUCCUUUCUAUUCCGAUUGACAUUAAAAGAAUGAACUCUCUGGUGUCACGUCGUCGCUCGCUAAUGUGAACGUAGGGUCACCGUGUGCCACGUUUAUGCCAUCGCAGGAAGUACAAAUGCUUUAUCUCGCUCAGGGUGGGUUAAAAAAAAUAGAUGAAAAAAUAAAAAGACUUUAUUAAUAUUUUUGGGAAAUAGAACCGAAUGCGUUUGGAACAAAUAACAAAAAUGUUAGAUCUAAUCUAAUAUAAUGGCGUCAUAAUAAUAAUAAUAAUAAUAAUAAUAAUAAGAAGAAGAAGAAGUAUGAAAAUGUAUGUAAAACAAGAGCAGGAGUUAAACGACAACAGUCUCACACACACACACACACACCUCUGAUAUCAGGUACUGAUUAAAAUGAAAGAGUCCUGCUCUUCAGGUUCAGUGUAUAGUGAAAUUUUGAACGUGAUCUGGAGCUUGUUAGCGAAAAAGCUAAAGAACGUCGAAAAGAGCGUCACUGUGUACGUAAUCUAGUGUAAAGCGUAAAAUACCAAGUGUGUAGUAAGUAGUAGAGCAAUACCGACUAGCUGUGUGAGAGAGUGUGUGUGUGGUUUACUGUACAGUCUGUGGUGUAAUUGUGUUAGAAAUAGUCUUAGAUACAGCUGGUGUACUAAUGUAACUUAUAUGCACUAGUGUUGGACUUUUUUAUACAACUGUCAUCUUUUCCAUCAUUUUUUUCCUCGUAACAUCCUUCCCAGCUCGUGCUGUAGGUUUCCCAACAAACAAUCAGGUUUCCCACAGUUGUGUGCGUGUGUGUGCGUGCGUGUGUGUGUGUGUGUGUGUGUGAGUUCUUAAUGAAUACCUCUGUGCGAAUAACCGACUGAUCCUCAUGUCCAGGAGAAAUGAUCUGUACUCUGUUUAUUUUUAUAUGAUUUUAGACUUUAUGCAAAAUUUUCAUCAUUUAAGUGCCAUUUUUUAAAUUGUUCUUCGUUUGUGUUUGUUUUGGGUUGUUUUUUUUUUUUGGAGUAUGUGGAUGAGAGGUUAUGGUUAUGAGCGAGCGAGUGAGUGCAAAGCUUGUGCACCCUUGUGUUCUAGGUUUCACAGCAUCUUCGUUCUCGCUCUUCCAUUUUAUCAGUGAUGUUUGUGCUUCUAGCGAAACUCUGCUUCGGGUCGGGUUUCGAUUUUGAUUCAUGUUUUUUGUUUGCUCCACACUCUAGAGAAACAAAAAAAAGAGUACUGAACGGUACUGUUCCUUGAUCCUUGGUGUAGUACCCUUUCCUUUUUCACAUGUAGUAUGGAUCUUCUACUAAAGCCUUACUCUAAAAAGGCUAAUUAUGUGAAAUUUAUGCGUUGUCCAUCUUAAGUUUAGUUUUAAAGAUGCAUCAAAUGAGGUACUGAAAAAUACAGGUAGCUGAGUGACAGCAAAAGGUUCUGUUUGGUACCCUUUUAUUUUUCGUCAAGAGUGUUGGAUCAAAGUGAAAAAUCUUCUCGACUGACAUGAUUAUGAUAUAUAUAUUUGAAAAAUACUACAACAUGUACAAAUAAAACAGUUGAGAAAAAGAAGACACCUCCAGGGUUGGGGGGUUCGAAUCCCAUCUCUGCCCUGUGCGUGUGGAGUUUCCUAUCAUGUUAUCCCCGUUGCCUUGAGGGUUUCCUCCAGGUACUCCGGUUUCCUCCCCUGGUCCAAAGACAUGUGCUGUACAUUCUGUACAUAAUCUCUACAUUAUCCGUAGUGUGUGUGAUUGUGCCCUGUGAUUGGUUGGCACCCCACCUCGUUCCCUCAAGUCCCCUGGGAUAGGCUCCAGGCUCUCCGUGACCCUGUGUAGGAAAAUGGACGGAUUUUUUUACGCUGAAAAACCACGGGGGCACAAACUUUUGCACUCGACUCAUCCAAUUCAGUCAUCCAGGUCCAGGUUUUGAAUGAUGUAGAUCAGGGGUGUCAAACAUAUCUAAUCGCCUCCAUCAAGUUUAAAAUCGAAAUGCCGAUUGUAAUUGUGCUCAAAGAAGGAGCUCUGAUAUUCCACUAGGGGGCGUUAUCGAUACUUGACCAGCGCUGUUCCGAAUCUGCAGUACGUAUGAAUCUAAUUCACAAAUGAUAACGAUGUCGAAUUUUCAUCUGCGUUACGAACGAAUCCAUUCAUUCCAAACGGCCCAUGGAUCCGAAUCCUCGUCUUGUUCCUCCCUAUAGCUGAAUUUUAUAUUAUGGGAUGUCCAUUUCAGACCCAGAUGUUCUACAUAACAUAGAAGGGGGGGGGGUGAAUACUUACGCAGAUAUCCUGUAUCUAGGUGGUGAUCUGUUUGUGCGUUCAGAAAUUGUGUACAUUUCGUAUAAAUGAUUACAGAUAAAUUCCGUGUGUGUUUGUUUGUUUUGGCACCCCUGAUCUGGACGUUUGUGUAUUUCUGUGUUUUUAAUCUCACUGCGGUGGCUUACACUCGUUUUGCCUUAGUUUUUAACACAGCGGAUCGAGGUUAUAGUAGGGUACUAAACUAAGUACCAUUUCUCGUGACUGGGGUGGUACCUUUAGUACUCGUCUUCUCCGUGGAUAUGUCUGAAGUGUACCCGCUCUCAAAGCUCAUCGAAGCUGCGAGAUCACGCAUGAUGUUUUUUUUUUAGCGUACGUACGCUACCUAUAAAAGUCAUAUGCUUAACGGUACCGUCACAUCGACAUGAAAAGGUACAGUUAGUACCCUUUUUUUUCCUGAAAGAGUAUCAUUAUGCCUGAUACAGGAUCAGUGUAUAUUUUUAUUUAUUUAUUUCUUUUACACGUGCAUUCGGGCUCGGCGUUUAAUCUUUAUUAUCAGCUAUCUGAGCCUGGUAGCUUCUUUCAUUCAUUCUUAUGAGUGAGUGUGUGAGUGUGUGAGUGUGUGUGUGAGAUGUUUUUCCCCCUCUGAUGCAUGGAAAGUGAUCAGCAUGGAGAUUGUAUGUAUGUAUGUGCAUUCAGUAUGAGACCUUUCCAUUGUAUGGUGAAAAUGUAAAAAGAGAAAAGAAACACACACACUUAUACACACUUUUUGAUCUGAUUAGUGUAUCGGUAACGCCGAUACACAUGCAGCUAAACCGUUUCCCUAGAGGUCAGAACUUAUCUAAACUCCUACUUUUGUCCCCUUUUCUGCUUUCUGUCCUUUAAAGACAAGGAUCUGUGUCGUCUCUGCUCGUGCUUUGUAGAAUAGAAAAAAAAAUGGAAAGAAUGUGCGUUCAAGACUGUGGGAUGAAACGUUUUUGUGUGUUUUUAGAUAGAAAAAAAAAAAGAAAUAAAUCGGUAGAGACGCUUUGUUCUCGUCAUCGUCGUCAUCGAGUUCAUGAUUCAUGAUUAGGAUAUGCAGUAGUCAUGCACCUCUUGUUUUGUAAACACUAAUAUAUUUAAUUUGUUAUACAGCACACGAACAUUAAACUCUAUUUUUUUGA